CCCGAUGCAAGGUGACGACGUGAACUCAACUUGUUGAACGAACAACAUUUCUUGACUCUCUUCGCUCUCUCUCCAACUCUCUCUUGCCUCUCGUUCAUCGCUCGGUUUUUCUUUCUUGCUCCAGAAGAGGAUUCGCUCUCACCAACAAAAAAUCUCCUCUUCCCCGUCACUCAUUUUUUCUCUUUUAUCUGCUCAGUCCCUCUUUGUUCCUCAACCCGGACCUGGAAAUAUCUUUCCUUUCAUCCAGUCCUUCUGAACCACCUUUCCUUUGAGCCAUUCACUCACGGGCUAGUCCCUCUUACCCUCGAUACCAGUCCUUUUCUUCCCUGACACAGGCUUGUCACCGGUGACAGUACCCUCUCUGCGCAAAACACUCCUUCCAGAGAUCCAAGAUAUCACAGUCUCCUUCGAGAGUCUCGAUAUCCUCUCUCAAAACACCAGCGCUCUUCCCAAGGCACUCCUUUUCUCCACUGUCGAGCCAGAUCUCCAGUCAUCUUCAUCGACUUCGAAAACAUCACUUCUGUCGCAAUGGCCGGACUCAAGCAAAUCGUCCUCGCGGCUUCGCUGUUGACCUCUUUGGUCGCGGCUGUUCCCAUGCUCGACAAACGCGCCAUCUACACCAACACUGUGACCGAGAUCGCGUGGGUAACUGUCGAAGAAACCACCACCAUCUGGGUUGACCCGUCUGACCCCACUCCGGCUCCUUCUCCUGCUGCCAGCACAACCAGCAGUGUUCCAGCAGCUGUCUUCGCCGCGGCAACUUAUACGCCAUCCACCCUCUCAACCGCUGCUGUUGUCCCCGUGGAGGCUCCGUCAUCCUCGUCGUGGUCCUCUCCUGCCGCUCCUGCCGCGUCCCCAGCCACUUCUUCCCCCGUUGUUGCACCGGUUCCGGCCGCGGAGCCAUCAUCUUCGUCUGCUGCGGCUCCUUCCUCCUCUGCUGCCCCAUCCAUGGUCAAUGUCCAACCUAAGGAUACGGUCGGCACCGAUGGUACCUGCGAGGGUUCGGGAGACGCGUGCCAGGGUGAUGUGACCCACUGGGAUGGAGGUCUUGGUGCAUGCGGCUGGAACGUCGAUACCAGCAGUGAUUAUGAAAUCGCCCUUCCCUACGCCUUCAUGGGCACUCAGUCCAACGGCAACCCAUAUUGCGGUCGCUCGGUCACUCUGUACAACCCAACUUCGGGCACCACAGUUCAGGCCACUGUGGGUGACAAGUGCAUGGGCUGCACUGACCGAGCCAUCGACUGUACUGAUGCCCUGUUCAACGCCAUUACCGAUGGGACAGGUGAUGGCCGUGUGAGCGGUAUCCAAUGGUGGCUGAACUAGAUUUUUCCCACCAUGCCACUCGUUCAUCGGGACCGACACCCCAGGCUCCUGCAUCUGUUUGCCGAGCAAACACGUGCAGAGCCUUUCGACAACUGACAUUCACAAUCAGAGUGCUUCCGGGAAGCUUCGUUGUCAGAAAAUCAACGUCAGUGCACCAAGAGCGACCGCCGCGAGAGCGCUUGCUCUGGGCACACUGUUUUAAAGUUUCCAGCAUGACGAGAUUGUAACGAAAAUUAUGAACACAGAAUCAAAAAGCAUAUGGCUCAACCCACGAGAGUUAGCCACGGUGCAAGGGCGAGAAUGGGAAACAUCAUUUUAUCUUCUUGAUCACCACCGUGUCGGUCUUUCCGCCGACAUGGCUGGCCUUUUAAGGGGGGUUUUGAAAGGCGCUCUGGGUUGGAUACAGACACUAGAGAAAACGGUACAUACCAUCAUGUUCUCUUGGUUGGGCAGCAAAGCCUACCUACACAAGAGCCUAUUCAAUGCAAUGAAUUUGCAGCACCA